AUGACCAAAGCCCACGCAACCAUCACGCCUGAAUGCGAGGUCGUCUUUGACGAAGUCAAAGGCACCAAUAACCUCGAUUACGUCAUUUACCAAGCAUCCGCACACGACAAGAAGAUCACCGUCGCCGAGUCCGGGAAGUACGAGAACUACGAUGACUUCCUCGCCCAUUUCAAGGACGACACCCCGCGCUACGCUGUUGUAAAAUUCAAGUACAAUUCGCCAGCUGGCGAUGGGCAGCGGAGCAAGCUGGUGUUCAUCACGUGGGUUCCUGAGGGUGCAAGCAUCCAUGACAAGUCGUACUACACUUCGAACAAGGAUCAUCUGUUCUAUGCGCUGCUGGAUAUUAGUCUCCAUGUGCAGGCGCAUACGCAGGCGGAAUUGGCUCAUGCUACGAUUCUGAGCAAGUUCAAGGCUCUCUGA